CAAACUGCCAAAACACAGCUUGGUUUUGAUUUGAAUCUUGAACUCAGAUCAACGUUGUUUUUAAGUUUGAAACGAAUUCUUUUUCUGUUUGCUGUUGGCAAUCAACAAAUCAAUGAAAAUAUUAUUAAUUGCCUUUUGAUACAAGAAAUGGGAGAGCAAAUAAUGAAUAAUCAAACUGGUGACGAGGAUAUGAAUUCUUCUGGGAUCACUUUUGAUAAUCUUACUAUUUUGAAAGAAUUUAGUAAUAUAGCUGAUUUAGUCAGGAUUGAAGAUUUCUUAGAGACAGUACCUAAAGCCAAACUCAGAAGAGUCAAAUGGAUUCCAAUGUUCAAUUGUUUGAAACAAGCUAUCCUUGAUGAAAUGGAGCAAGAAUUUAGUUCAAUGUGGGAAUAUGAAAAUAUGCCUGCAAAAUUGGCAAUAUUAGAAAAACAAAAAGAAAAAUUUGCAGAAGUUGAUUCUGAUAAACAGCUUUGGAGACCUCAACUUGGUGAUGUAAAAGCACAGUUGAAAGCAAGGGAUAUUGCAAAUUUACAGAAACAGAAAGUUUUAUUAGAAUCUCUUGCUAAGGAAUAUGAAACAAGAGUUCAAAAAUUGAAGAAAAUUAUUUCAGCAAAAAGAGGUUACCUGAAAGCUUUGCAAAUGGAUAUUCAGAAAUAUCAACGCAAAAAUGAAGACUUUAUAAGAAGAAUUGGUGACAAACUAGAGAACCAUCAAAAUUUGGUCAAAGUGAUGAUACCUGAACCAGUAGACGUCAGUGACCUGACAUGGUCUGAUGAUAUGGAUAUAAAUUGAUAACGCACAACAAUAUUAUUUGAAUAAAAUUUAUAUUUCAGAAAAUUGUACACACUUGAGAAAAAGUACAACGAAAUUUUAUUUUAAUUAUAUUAAACUCAAAAUCUUCUGAACUUAUCUUUAACUAGUGUAGAUGAAAAUAGAGAAUAAAUGUUAGUGAUAUUUAAAAGUGUUACUGAUAAAAUCACAUAAAAAUCUAAUGUUGCUUUAUUUGGUUCCAGCUACCUACGGCUUGCUAUACACCUGCUAUUACAGAAAGCAAA